AUGAAUGAAGGGCUCAUAUGUCUGGUGCGCGAGGUUGAGCGGGUCGUGACAGCUCCUUAUAUCCCUUCAUUGCACGAUCUAUUUGAGCUAGUGCAGCACAAUUCGUCGAUACCAAUAGAGUUAUGGGCACUUCAUAAACCUUGUCAAGUUGGCUUGUUGGUCGAGGUGUUGAUCGAAGCCCUAUCACGGUCGCGAGUGGCCCUUCCUUUGCUGGCGGCUUUCGCAUCAACUACCAGCGUCCGUGACGCAUUGCUUGAACAUUAUCCAACUAUUCUUGAUACCUUUCUCGAAAAAAUCCUUGAUGGGGGAGAGUCCGAGUAUCAUUCAGCAUGCAUCGCAUUAAUUGCGUCUCCUCUUCCCGCAGGGUUCAUGCCACCCUUCCGCUUGGCUCAGUUCAUUACGAGGCUAGUAUCAGCUAUGGCAUCUGUUCCAUGCUCGGAGACGAUAGCCCCAUUGCACAGCCUGAUGACUGGGUUGCAAGGCUCACCUAAUUUCCUGAAGGAAGUGCCAACGGAGGUUAUGUCAAAUCUACAGUUUGAAUUGACCAACACAUUGCGCAAUUUGGACGACCACAUGGGUAAUCUCUUGGGUCUAGCGACUUUCGCCCGUAUUGCAUCGAUCUACAAUCAACAGCCUCGGAAUAAUAAAUCAGAAUCACCAUCAUGGCUUCUCAGCAUUCGACAUUUUUUCGGCGCCAAGCGAGGUCUUAAGACAUUGGAUCUAGUCGUCCUGCGUGUAAUUCUUGCGUGCUCCUCUAACAGCAACAAUCUUACCAUAUCUAAAGCUGCUGAAAGUAUUCGCCUUGCAAUUCUUAUUGCAGAUGCCAUUGAUCCAGACCAGAAGGCAGCCUGGAUUUUGAACAGCACUUCAAAGAUUGCCAAACUAUCUGAGAAGGUUUCUAGAGAGGGGCUUAGCAGAGAGAUUCAACUGAUGGGAAUUGUCUUUCUGAUCUCUAUUCAUUCACUUACAUCUCUGCCACUGAAAAUUCGUGAUCUUGGCUUACGUCUUCUGAUAUCAAAGGAUAGCAGGGCAAUUUUGAGUACCAUGCCACAGUAUCUCGUAUUACGUUUCACCAGGUCGUUGAUAGACUGCGAUGAAUCAAUUGUGUAUGAGCUUCUUCGGUUCACAGUCGAUACAUUGAGAGAAGAAGCUAUUCACAAGGACUCAUUAUCGGAUCUCUAUGUUGCAAAAGUGUUGAUUUCUGAAAUUCAAUCAAAGCAGUCCCGGGCCAUCAAUUCCUCCCUCCUGAAUUCCGACGCCACCAAGCAGACGCUUGCCAGCCUACUCGGAAAGUUUCCCUCGGUACCCAUUUAUCCUCAGUGCCAAGGCUCCCAACUAUGCUACUGUGCAUAUAGUGCUCUGCAAAAUCAGGUUCUGCUCGAAUUGUUUGAAAUCCAUUUUACUGCUACGCUGUCUCAAAAUGGAGACACUACGGACAUCACUAUUAUGAAGUCAUUCGUGGAGCGUGCUGCGAAUUCUAUCACAAAUAGAAGCUGCCAAUCUACAAAUUUACGCUCCAGAGAUGUUUGCACCUUGAAAAUGGCUUCAUAUGAUCGAUCGGAAUUUUCAACUGGAUUUCAGCCUAGUCAAGAUUGGCGUUCUUCCAUCAGAGAAACUUUUAUCCAGAAUGCUGAGGCUUCUCAUCAAAAUAUGAUAAAGAAAGUUGAGGGUAUUUGCUUUGACUUGGAGCGCCGAUGCUACGAUGUUGAAGGGCCUGUCCGGGCCGCCGAAGAAGAGCGUGAUCAAUACAAGCUUGAGGCCACACAACUCCGAUCUCAGAACCAGGGGUUACAAGCACAGCAAGAACAGUUAAAAAUUGCAAUUCGCGCCCUUAAAGAAGAUCUAGCGCGUCUGGAGGAUCAUGCUGAAAGUGCGAGUUUUCGUUCGGAAGAACUAGCCGCGUCCCUUGCAUCUGCACGUCAAGAGCUGCAGGACCAGCGUCAGCGCUCAGACGAGACCUUUCAAAUGGAGCAAGACAGGGCUCGAAGUCGAGAACUUGACUUGGCUGCUACUUGUACCGCCAAGGACGACCAGAUCGAGGAGAUGCAAGAAAAUUUCCGUCGUAUUCUAACAGAGAAUGAACAAGCCCAACGGACCCUGCAUACAAUGUGCGGAGAAAAGUCUGCCUUGUUGAAGGCAACAACUGCAUUAGAGCAAGAGCUGAUGGCAACUAAAAGUACCCUCAGUGAAAGUCAGAUUUUGUGUUGUGAAAAGGAAGAUGAAGUCAAGCGCCUUUUGACAGAAAAUAAGGAUAUGCAAAUGGAGAUAGGUGCUAUGAAAGGAACGACAGGGGAUCAAAAGCUUGAAGUUGAAAGGCUUCACGUUGCACUUCAAGAGGCAGAAGAAACUGCUAAGUUCAAAAUCGAGAAGCUCCGAAGUGAGCAAGAAGCCGAGACAUCUCAAACUGCUUCCCAGCUUGUCAAACAGAAAGAAGAAAACCUGCGCCUGCAAAAAUUGAUGCAGGUAGCCGCGUCUGAUGCUUUAAAGGAGCUCCAAACAAAAGAGAAGCGAAUUAAAUAUCUAGAAAGAAAGCUCCAAUCCCUCCGAGAUGAGAGAUCCUUGAAGGCCAGGGAAUUUUCUGAAGCCCAACAACAUAUCGGGAGGCUCAUGAAUGUUAUGGGAUUUUCUGCCAAUUUAAGCGAGAAGUCCUCAAACCAACCACAGAAAGGUCAGAGUAAUGAUGUCCAUACCACUUCAGACCGUCGCCAGUCAGCUGGCUAUGAUGACGAGGAGAGUGAGUUAGUUCAAUCUUUUGAAUCUCUCACUUCAAAUCUACAAGCACCCACUCCCAAGCGGCCUAAGGGGGACCAAAAAGGGGCAGCUGUAUCACAGGCCGCAGCUCCCAAGACACCUACACCAAUCUUUGCCGAUAUGGACUCCCAGGACUUCCGUCCACAAGUCUCUCGGCAGCCCCUUGACGAAACAAUUGCCAACACUUCUGCCAAGUUCCAUUCAAGUGAUUUGAGGACAAAUUUACCUAAAACUGGUCCUUCGGAAAGCCCAGAGAAGCACCACCUUCAGAGUUUAGACUUGGAUAUGGAUAUAGAGUUCUCGAAGGAUUUUAUUCUCACAAGUACUGCCUUUUCUGGGUCAAAGGAUUUGUUAUAA